GAAACCAUAUCCUUUUAAGUGUGAGGCUUGUCAACCUUAGAGAAGAAGUGUGUGUAAACAAACAUAUCGGAAAUCCUCCAUCCAUGGCCGAAGCAACUCCUAGUGAGUCCUCUCGAAAGGUUUUGAUAAGUGGCGUUAGCAAAGGAUUAGGAAGAGCCUUAGCCUUGGAAUUAGCCGAUCGUGGCCAUACCAUUAUUGGUUGCUCACGAGAUCAAACUAAACUUGAUUCUCUUCAAGCUGAGCUUUCUAAGACCUCUCUAAAUAACCAUUUCCUCUUCAAAGUCGAUGUGAGAUGUAACAAAAAUGUUCAAGAAUUCGCACAAAUUGUUGCCAAAAACAAACUUGUUCCUGAUAUUCUUGUGAACAAUGCAGGUUUGGCUCAUAGAAGUGCAAAGAUAUGGGAACUUGAUGUAGAAGAUUUUGAUAAUGUGAUUGAUACAAAUGUAAAAGGAACUGCUAAUAUUUUGCGUCAUUUCAUUCCACUUAUGAUUCCAAACAACAAAGGAAUUAUUGUCAACAUGUCAUCAGGUGCUGGAAGAUCUGCACAUGAAGAUUUUGCACCAUAUUGUUCAUCAAAAUGGGCAGUUGAGGGAUUAAGCAAAUGUAUUGGUAAAGGGCUACCAAAGGGUAUGGCAAUUGUGGCUUUAAAUCCUGGCUCUAUAAACACUGACAUGCUUGUUCUAUGUUGUGGUGAUUUAGCUGCUCAAUAUCUAUCACCUCAAAAAUGGGCUAUAAAAGCAGCAACAAUGAUUCUUAAUCUCACUUCAAAAGAUAAUGGAGAGUCUCUCACAGUUAAUAAUCCCAGUGAAUUAUCAGCUGCAUAAUUAAUUUUCUUUUUAAAUCUCUUAAAUUGUAUUCUGUGAUAGUUAACUUUGUAGACAAUGUUUAAGUGGUUAAGCAAAUAAGAAUGAUAAAUGCAUAAUGGUGCUUUUUGUUGGAUUAUUGAGAGAUCUUACACACAUUGAUACAUACGAGUUUAAAAAUUGUAAACAACCUUCACUUAUAUUGUAGCUCAAUUCAUGAGUUGUGACUUA